AUGCGGCUGGGCGGCUUCUCGUUUUACGCGGAGAAGGUGUUCCCGGAGAAGAGCAAGGUGCGGUGGCGCUGCACGCGGCGCACGUGCCGCGCCUACGCGCACACGCUGCACGACCGCAUAUUCGCAUUGAGCAACGUGCACUCGCACCAGCCGCCCGCCUCUGCGGCCCAGCGGGCGGCCGCGACCCUCGCCCAGGGCAAAGUCGCGUCUGACGAA